GCAGCUCAGUGUGGAGGAGGCAGAGCAGCAGAACACUGUGAGGUUCCAUCCACACAGCAGGAGAGGAGAACUCACACCACCAGAAGGUUUACCAGGUCGCAUCCCACCAGCUUCUUCUCCACAGCUUCUCCACCCACCGGGGGACUGGGGGUCUUCGUCCAGCUGUGUCCAGCUGUGUCCGGCUGCAGACUGGGAACCACCGGGGGAACUUAAAGGGAAGUACUGGGAGGAGCGGAGCCAGGGGAAGGAGAGAGAGAGAGAGAGAGAGAGAAACCUCCCCAAGUGUUGGAAACUUCCCACAAGGGGCAUCGAUCGAUCGAGGGACCUCCCGCCCACUUUACCCCCUGCUCCACAGCUCUGGAAGAGGGAGGGAAACAGAGAGAGAGAGAGAGAGAGUUGUGCAGCCGCUGCGGUGGAUGGAGCAACAAAGGCUGGAUGGUUUAAACUGAGAGAACCAGCUUCUUCUUCUUCUUCUCCUCCUCGGAUCUCAUCGCCUCGGACCACUUUUAUUUUUUGGGGGUUAAGGAGACGAUCAAACUCUCAAAUCAUCAGAGAUCCAGCUUGCUGCUUCUCACUGGGAGUGUAGAGGACUCGCUGGGAAAAAGCCGAAGUGGGAUUUUUGCAGAAAGAAGUUGCAUGCUCGGUGUUUGUCGUCUGGAGUGAGAGGAACCAACACACAUCCCACCCGAGAAGACCCCCGGAGCAGCUGAGGAGCCAUGGCGACGUGCGCAGGGGUUUGGAUGCUCCUGCUGGCGCUGCGCAUUCACGCCGGCGACGGGCAGAUGGUGCAGAUGGACUCCACCAAGUCCGGCUUCGUGGGUUCACAAGUGGAGCUGCGCUGCAUCUUCAGCAACAGCAACCCGCCGGUGAAGAUCUCCCAGGUCACCUGGCAGAAGCUCCUCAACACCACCAAGCAGAACGUGGCCAUCGCCAACCCGGCGCUGGGCGUGUCCGUGCUGCCGCCCUUCAAGGAGCGGGUCAGCUUCAAGCAGGCGGCGGUGCGCCACCGCACGCCCUCGCUGGAGGACACCACCAUCGUGUUCUCCAACCUGCAGCUGUCGGACGAAGCGGCGUACAUCUGCGAGUACACCACGUUUCCCGCGGGCAACCGGGAGAGCAUGGUAAACCUCACCGUCUUCGCUCGGCCCAUGACGCGUAUGACCUUGACGACGCCCACCAUCGUUGCCAGGCCUCAGAAACGCAAGAUGACCGUCGCCACCUGCCUGUCAGCCAAUGGCAAGCCCCAGAGCGUGAUCAAGUGGGACACCAGGUUGAAGGGCGAGGCCACCUUCCAGGAAACCCGCAACGCCAACGGGACGGUGACGGUGCGGAGCAACUACGUGGUGGUGCCGAGCCGCGAGACCCACAAGCAGAAGCUCACGUGCAUCGUGACCUAUCGGAACGAGAGGAUCACAGACAGCGUGGUGCUCAACGUGCAGUAUGAACCCGAGGUGAAGAUCGAAGGCUUCGAUGGAAACUGGUACCUGAACCGUCAGAACGUGCAGCUGACCUGCCGAGCCGACGCCAACCCCCCGGUCACCAUCUACCAGUGGAAACUAUUGAACGGCUCCCUGCCCAGUAACGUGGAGAUCAAGAACAACACGCUGUUCUUCAAGGGUCAGGUGACCUACGACGUGGCCGGCACGUACGUGUGCGACGCCACCAACGGCAUCGGGACGCGCACCGGCAUCGUGGACGUCAACAUCACAGAAUUCCCUAUCAACCCGACAACUGGGGGCCGUGAAAUCACGCAGGAGCAGCACAACCCAGGCGCCCUCAUCGGGGGCGCAGUGGUGGGCGUCGCCCUAUUGGGGGUGGCGGCCAUACUACUCUUCGUAUUCCUGCGCCGCCGCCAGCGCACCUUCAAGGGCGACUACAGCACCAAGAAACACGUGUUCGGGAACGGCUACAGCAAGGCCGGCGGCCUGCCCGCCCACCCGCCCGUCCCCAAGAACCUGCAGUACCCGGACGACUCGGACGACGAGAAGAAGCCCGCCCAGAUCGGCGGCCCCGGAGGGUUCGAGGCGAGCGAGCGCGACUUUGAAGCCGAGGCCGAGGACCUGAAGAGGCCGUACUUCACCGUGGACGAGGGCGAGAGCCGGGAUUACGACGAGCGGACUCUGGCCUUCCAGUAUGACCCUGAACCGGAGAUAGCCGACGACAUGGUCUCUCAAACCGACGGCUCGGUCAUUUCUAAGAAAGAGUGGUAUGUGUAGGGGGGCGUGAACCAACCAAACCAAACAGCCCUUUGUCCCCCCUUCCCCUCCACCUGCAUUCCACUGCACCCUUCACCUCCAUCACAACCCUCCGCCCCUCCCAUUCGUCAAACCGCACCCAUCCCAGUCCUCCUCCUCCUCCUCCUCCUCACUCGGUCAACCUAGUACUCCCCCACCCUGACUCCCCUCCCCCUCUCACAUCAGACCCCAUUCGACUAAUCUCAACUAGAAAAAUCAAGGGUCCGUUUAAAGUGCUUGCGCCACGUCAACUUCCUCAGCACGACAACAUUCGGUGUCGGUUCCAUCAAGUGAACGGGACAGAGAUUUAAAAGAGUAAAGGUUUGUAAGAGGACUCGUUGCCGCCGGCCCACGAGGUCGGAGGAAGGUCAUUGGUUGAUUCAAACUGGUGUGUUAUUCUUUUCGUGUACUUUUCCAUGUUAUAGAUGUAUUAAAUGUAUAAAAUGAGACUGCAGGUUGAGGUUUUGCUGAGCACAUUUGUGAAAGUCCUACACUGGAUGUACGAUUUGAGUUGGGUUGUUUCUUUUUCUAUUGCCAUUGCCUUUUUUGAUGUUUUUUAAAUGUCUUUUUUUGUAUGAUUUCUAAAGUGACCAGAGAACUGAGAGUCAAAUGUCUGAUUACAUGAUUACAGGUGGAGUUCUUAAGUGUUUGUAAUUUUGUGGUCGAAAGCAGUUCGGAGCAAAGGAAAGAAAAAACAAAAAAAAUCGAUGCCAUAUACAGCACCUGUGUCAUUUCCUGUGUUCGUCACUGGGGUCAGCGUUCAUGGGACUACUCACUUUUGUACAUUUACAGCAUUAAAAAAGCAGACAUGUUAUUGCUGUAUUCCAAAGACAUUGCUUAGUAUCUCUUGACCCCCCCCCUCUCUCUGUGUUUAUAUGCUUGAUCUGUCUCUUUAACCGAGAGGGAGUCAGUCUACUGAGCCGUAUUGACAAUGCAGUAACAGAUAAAUACUGAGUGUUUUCACUUUUCAAUCAUGUCGAACUAAGCCCCACAUCAGUGAAUCAGAAUAGCAGGAGGGAGAGAGAGAGAAAGAGAAAGAGAGAGAGAGAAGGGCUGCAAUCCUACCACACACGGCGAUUACUGCAUUGCGAUCACGUCCGGGGGUUCGGUAAGACUCACGGUGAAAACCUUCCAUAGUGCUCUGAAAUGUCAUGAUUGUCACUUGACUUGAACAGGUUGACCUGUGUUCGCCCGCUCGACAAAUCUCGCCACUAUAAUGAAUUGUCUGUUUUCUCUAUGUGUGUGUGUGUGUGUGUGUGUGUGUGUGUGGAGUUGUCAUAAUUAUGUUUGGUUCUAGCCCUUUUCUUUUUUUUUAUCAAACCAGAAAAUGAGAAAAGCGUCUGGGGAAUUUGCCCCAAUAAUGACUUUUGUCUCUCCUUAUAAUUGUGUGACUUUGUACUCGAUGAAUUGGCUCAAGCCGUUUCCUCCUCCGAGGAGUCGUCCACGGACACGGAACAAAUGUUAACCGAUGCUUCUAUUGUGCGUCUGCGGAGGAAGAUAAAUCUUUACGUUUUAAAGGGAAACUCAAAACACGACGGUGACCAUGCUGGAGUAUAAUCAGUCACCUGCUGCUUUCAUGACGUCUUUUGAUCCAUCUCCUUUUUUUUAUUUUCCUCCGUAAAAACACGUUUCAGAAGCUGUUUGGGAGAUUUUAGAGGAAACGAUUAGUUGUCUUAACCUCAAUAUCGGCUUCUGAAUCCGCCAAUAGUGAAACAAUGACCCUGUCUGGAGGCAUUAUAUCUAUAUCUAUAUAUAUAUAUAUCAAGUGCCAGUGGAUGCUAGCAUAGGAAAUGUCUCCUCUGCGUUGAGGUUCAUUUCACAAUCGGCAAACAAAAAAAGAAAGUUCAAUGUGAAAUAUUGGAUAAAAUAGAAGCAGAUGGGGUAAAUCUGUGGAUAUGAGCAACAUAUCUGGACAAUAUAAAUACUGUAUUAAGCCUUAUUUUAUGCAUGUUAUUUUCUGUGGGAGUGGAAGUGCGUACGUUGCUAUUUUUCUUUCUCUGUAUCAAUUCCAGUGUGUUUGUUCUCAUUUGCAGCUCAAAAGACGGCACUUUUGUCAGUGAUGUCAGUAUUCACAGAGGUAUGAGGAAACAGGCACACAGCACCCGGCAACAACACUGAGGAUAACACACAAAAAAUACAAGGAUAGAGUAUAAAUAUAUAUAUAUAUUUAUAUAUAUAUGAAAAAAUAGCAUCUCCAUUAGAGCAGAUCUCAGCUGGAGAUGUGAAUGUUUUCCGGUCCGUGCUUGUCGACCGUAUGUUUCUAGACAAGCAUGUUAAUCACGAGCCUCAAACUGUAUUGUAUUUUCAACACAAUUAACAUAAAGUGGGAAACAUCGUGUUUUUAAAUCAGAGUUCCACUUUCUGUUGGAUCCAGUUUCACUCCUACAGUUUUUGUUUUUGUUUGUCUGUUUGUUUAAUGCAUCCACGACAGUCGGGAGCGAACACACAGAACGCUCCAGGGGAGGGGGAGGGGGGGGUUCUACUUUCAACGUGCAAAGCAAAUUGCAGUUUUUAUAGCUUGUAGUUUAUUAAUCACCUGCAGAUAAACUGUUUUUCGCUGUAGCUCACUUCACUUCCAUGUGCUUUGCAUCACAACAGAACACAAAGAUCGCCUAUAUGAGAAGCACGUGUUGUUUUUUUUUUAAAUCUUUUAUUCUUGCAUUCAGUGCCUAUCGAACUUAGUAGACAUGAGGGUAGUGUGAACAGUUGCCGCUCCGUUAUUAUUAGCAUAUACGUUAUUCAUGCGCAGAAUAACAUGAUAGAUAAAACUGAAAUAUGACAUGGACUGCAAACCUCUUUAAAUCAGACGAUAUAUAUAUAUAUAUAUAUUUCAGUUUAUAUAGUGGCUGUCGGCUCCAGCAUGAUAACUUCCAACGCGUCUUAAAUCAAGUGAUCUCUUCAAACGCUGCCUUCAUCACCAUGUUCACGUUGAAUGACGGCUAAAUGGUCAAACAGCACUUUUUAUUUUUUUUUAAAGCCCUAAAGAGAUCGGACUUUUCGCAACAAUGCUGAUUAUUCUAAGCACAAAAACAAUUGAAGCGAAUCCAGUGAGAAGACAUGUAAAGUUCCUUGUAAAUUUAAAUGAUAAAAAAAACUUUAAAAACAACAAAUUAUGAAAUGUAACUUCGGCCCAAUUCAAAGACAAUACAACUCUAUUUCCUGUUUAUCAAAGCACAAGCUUCCGGUUUCUUCAUCUCCCUGCAACACCCGUAAAGAAACCACUGCCACGCUCGCUCGCUCGCCACACGUGUUGGGAACGGAGAAUUUUGCGUUAACGUAACCGGUAGAUGUAAACAUCGUCUUCACGUUGUCGGGGUGUUAUGAAUUUCUAUUUUGUAAUACUGCCUGUAACUCCAUUCCAUCCUAAUCUACUUUUUUGUAUUCAGUAUGUUCAACAUUCCACUGUAAAUACUGUACAUACGGUCGAGAUAGUCGGGAUUUAUUUAGGGACAAACGCGCGUUGGGACCCCCUUCAUGUAAAAUACACAUAUUUUGACUCGAUGAUGAUGAUGAUGGAUAGAUGAAGCGGACACAUACAGUGCGUAGCUUAUUUCCAAAGUCCCACCUGAAACUGCUCCUCCAGUAACGUUUUUAAUAUGCCACUAGCGGCUUCACUGUCAUACC